GGGCAAGAUGGCGGACGCCGAAGAGGGUGGUUUGCGGCCCGCAGGCUCCUCCACCGCCCCAAUUUCGUUCAGCUUCAGUCGAACGGCUGCCCGAAGACGGCUGGCCGACCAGGGAGACGGCCUGGGUGCGGCUCCGGAAGAGAAGGAUUUUUUGAAGACCGUGGAAGGGAGGAAGUUGCAGAGUGUGAAUCCGUCAGAAGCCCCCAAGGAACUCGUCAUCCCUUUGAUCCAGAAUGACCCUCGAAGGCAGCCAACAACCCAGGCCCCUGGCUCAUCCACAGAUAUUGAGGCCACGGCAGAAGGGGUACUGUCCCAGGCUGUGAAGGAGCUCAUUGAAGAAUCCAAGAAGUCUCUGGAGGAAAGAGAGAAUGCGGGUGUCGACCCCACGCUCGCUAUCCCCAUGAUCCAGAAAAGAUGCACCCCCAACGAGGAAGGGGCAGGCAGCGAACCCCUUGCUGAGACAGUGCCCAAGGAGGCUGAUUACGAGGCAGUCCCUGUGGAGGCCUAUGGGCUGGCCAUGUUGCGGGGCAUGGGCUGGAAACCUGGCCAGGGCAUCGGCCGCACCUUCAAUCAAGUGGUGAAGCCCCGUGUCAACUCACUGAGGCCUAAAGGGUUAGGGCUGGGCGCCAACCUGGCUGAGGUCCAGGCCCUGGGCCCCACCAGCACCCACCGCCUGCCGAGGCCAGAUGGGGAGCAAAAGAAGGAUAAGGAAGACCAGCCUCAAGGACUGGUACCUGGAGGAGCUGUAGUGGUUCUUUCUGGCCCUUACCGAGGCCUCUAUGGGAAGGUAGAAGGCCUCGAUCCUGACAAUGUUCGGGCCAUGGUUCGUUUGGCCAUGGGGAGCCGCAUGGUAACUGUUAGUGAGUACUGCCUACGUCCUGUCUCCCAGCAGGAAUUUGACAAGAACUCCUUGGAUCUCGGCCAAGUGAGCAAAACUUCCUCAGAGCGACAGAAUGGAACAGCCUCGUCAAGGAAGACCUUUCAGGACCAGGACCUUCCCACCCGGCGGGGAGCGGAAAAAAGGAAGUGGAAACACCUUCCAGACCGACAAGAUGAACCUACAUCCAAGAGUGAGAAAGCAGCCUCCAGGAGUCAGCACUGGUUGCACAGGGACCUGCGUGUGCGGUUUGUGGACAAAUUGCACAAGGGUGGACAGUAUUACAACACCAAGAUGAUAAUCGAAGAUGUCCUCAGCCCAGAUACUUGUGUAUGUCGGACAAAUGAAGGCCAGGUCCUGGAAGGCAUCAGGGAAGACAUGGUGGAGACCCUCAUCCCCAAGAUCCAGGGCCACCAGGUGAUGGUGGUGCUAGGGCCACAUGCUGGAAGGGUAGGCCAUCUGCUGAGCUGGGACAGAGAAAAGAGCCAGGCUGUGGUUCAGCUGCGGAGAGAGAAUCAGCUGGUGGAACUUCACUAUGAUGCUGUUUGCGAGUACAUGGGCCCCACGGACUCAGACGAAGACUAACCCAUGGACCCAUUCUGUUCCCCAGGCAGUUACCAAUUCUGUAAAAUGUGAAUAGCCCACCUUUGUGAAGUUCCAUCCUGCACUUGCAGUGCAGCCCGAGGACAGGGACAGGGCAGGAAAUGGGUAGACCAAAAGGGAGGCUGGAAACAAACCUACUAUUUACUUGCAGUUCAUAUAAAAUAAAAAACGUUUCAAAUACUUAGUAAAAUGAAGAGCUCAUAAAUAGUAUACUAAGCUGUGAGUGGAGGUGAAAGCUGCACUAACUGAAAUGGGGACCAUUUCAUUUUUUCAGCCCCGCCGCCCUGCUUGGGCUGCCAGACAGUUUAAAGGAUCUAUUCGCUCAUGAACUCACUCUCGGAACACAGAAGCUAUGUAAUCUGUCCCCUACAAAGAUAUUAUGGAGUCUGGCCCUG